AUGAUGACUUUACGUCACAAGGAAGAUCCCUUCCUUCAACCAUCACCACCUUUAAGUUCAAUACUGAACACGUCAAAACAUACAUACGAGUUUCACCCAGAGGCAAAGCAUAUUUACUUCCUCUGGCAAACAUUUGUCGAGACUGUCAACCCGCUUAUCAAGAUCAUCCAUGUCCCAAGUUUGCAAAAGCGCAUCCUUGAAGCCAGCUGGGACCCUUCGUGCAUUGACAAGUCUCUUUCAGCCCUCAUGUUUUCCAUUUACACGCUCUCUGUCACUUCUUUAUCAUCAGAGAACUGUCUAUCUUCCUUCGGGCAAGACAGAGGGGUUUUACUCAUGCACUAUCGAACUGCGACCCUACGAGCCCUGGCCGAGGCUGAUUACAUGGAGACCAAAACACUCGAGGUGCUCCAAGCGAUGACUCUAUUCAUAUUUUCGAACCCAGAGUCUGAAAUGGCGAGUACCAUGACUGCAGUUGUUAUUAGGUUGGGGCAGAUGAUGGGAAUUCACAAAACCGAGUCCGACACAAGGUUGUCCUUCUUUGAGAAAGAAAUGCGGAUAAGGCUCUGGUGGCAGAUCAAAGGUCUCGAUUCUAGAGUCCGCGCCGUUUCGACACCUGGGAUUAAACUAUCCAAAAGCGACUUUGGGGACUCGCGGGCCCCUCAUAGUAUGAAUGACGCCGAUUUGCAUCCAGACAUGCUGGAGCCUAUUACAAAAUACACUGGCCCAACAGAGAUGACUUGCGUUCUGAUGAAGUACGAGGUCACAAGCUGGAUUCAAUCAUCGCCCCGGGCGGCAAAGGUUUUCGAGGGUAUGGCUCCCGGCUUUACAAAACCUAGGACAUCUACCAAGAUUGAGUACGAAGCUAUCAAUGAGCUAGAGGCUAUAUAUACCGAGAAGUAUCUGUCAAAAUUGGAUAGGUGUGUUCCGUUUCAUGAUUUGACCUAUAAUAUGGCAAAUCUAGCCCUUGCUCGCAUGAGAUUCAUGCUGCACCAUCCACGAGGUCGAUCGGUAUCCGGAGAAGAUGUGUACAUUACACAACAAGAAGGUGACUUUCUCUUCGAAGCAGCGGUUUCAUUCAUCCAAUACGUCAACCUGGGGUUUAAAAGCAAAUUCUCAUCUCAUAUCUUCACACACUUGACUUCAACAUAUCAUAUUGACGCAUACAUCUACGUUGUGAGCGAGCUUCGCAAGCGGGAUUCGGGUACCAGAAUCGAUCAGGCGUGGAAAUUGGUGGAUGGUUUGUAUACUGACCACCACGAGCUGAUUGGGAAUACUGAGAGUCCAUUGUUCGUCGCUCUGGGUAACUUGGUUCUAGAGGCCUGGGAAUCACGACGAAAGGUAUUAACUGAGGCUGACGUUAUACCGUCUUGUAUCGAGUUGCUUUGGGCUAAGCGACGGGUUGCAAACGCAAGUGCUGAGGUACCAGUCGAUGGAGUUAAUGGUCUCGAAGGAUGGGAGUUCAAUGUGGACGACUUUGACUGGAGUUAUUGGAACAACUUUAUGCGUUUCUAG